UCACAACACUAACACCUCACACCCUACACCUGCUAACAAUUCCGUUCGAAAUUCUGUCAGGCAAAAAUUAGAACAAAAAACCCAUCGUAGUUUAUACGAAAAAUUUAGUUCGUACUAGACGCACAGCAAGAUUGUGCAUGAGGAGAACCGGGUGAAAGGCUAGAAAAGAACUCUGCGCGGCUCGAUAGACAAUUUGGUUUGGUGAAUGUUGAAGAAGCCGUCAUCAUUAGGUCGACAGAUAGAAGCCGCUCACGCACGGCACCAGCGGGCCAACAGAACCGUCGGUCGUCGUUGGCGUUGGGCGAGGAGCAACGAGGCGUCCAACCACAGCGGCAGGAGCCGCACGAGCAGGACUUGGAACGGGACAACAUUGCUGGCGAGCACCACGGGACCCGUUGGCGCUACAGCUCGCGACUGCCACCAAUGCACAGACGAGAUCCCCGACUGCAGCCGCCGGAACCUCUGAACAAUCUAAACAUUCACGGCCAUUACCACAGCCGCAUUGCUGCUGGCUCCAAUAACUUCCCUCAAGUGACCAUUGGAGAAGGCGGAGGCGGCGGCAGUGCAGAAAAUGGGGCAGCUUCCCGAUCUCAUCGCUCCAUUGUAGGGCACCGUCACACUCGUGUCCCCAACAACAAUCAUAGUCUAAACGUUCCCGGAAGUAUAGCUGCCCCGCAGCCUCAGUCAGUGCAUUUUCUACAGCCAGGCCUUCAAAACAGCGCCAGAUCCAACCGAUCUUCUCAGGCAGCACCUGUUUCGCCCCACGAGAGUGCAGGAGUGUCGCGGUUGAAGGAAAUCGGACAAAAGUAUCCGCUCUGGCUGCCCGAGUACAAGCGAAGAGCCUUCAAUGCCUCAAUGGACGAAAAAUAUGUGGAGACCAUUUGGGCCAGCCUAAAGAAUGCCAUCCAGGAGAUACAGAAGAAGAACAACUCGGGCCUGUCUUUCGAGCAGCUGUAUCGAAAUGCCUACAACAUGGUGCUCCACAAGCACGGCAAUCGACUGUACUAUGGCCUCAGAGAAGUCGUCUCCGAGCACCUCGAACUUAAGGUGCGGCAAGAGGUGCUGGAGAGCCUACACAGCAAUUUCCUACCCAAGCUAAACCAAGCCUGGACAGACCACCAGACCUCCAUGGUGAUGAUACGCGACAUUCUCAUGUAUAUGGACAGGGUUUACGUGCAGCAGCGGGAAGUGGACAAUGUAUAUAAUCUGGGAUUGAUUCUAUUCAGAGAUCAAGUGGUUCGCCAUUCGGAGAUACAGAAGGCUCUGCGCGAGAAGCUGCUGGGCAUGGUAAUGGAAGAGCGGCAUGGCGAGGCAAUCAACCAUUUGGCCAUUAAGAAUGCCUGCACGAUGCUUAUUACGCUGGGAAUCAACUCGCGCACUGUCUACGAGGAGGACUUUGAGAAGCCCUUCCUGGCGCAAUCGGCAGCCUUCUACAAAUUUGAAUCACAAAACUUUCUUGCCGAGAACAACGCUGGCGUUUACAUCAAGAAAGUUGAGGCACGCAUCACCGAAGAGUCGUCGCGGGCUGCUCUUUAUCUGGACAAGGACACGGAGCCACGUAUCGUGAGAGUGGUGGAGGAGGAGCUGAUCAAGAAGCACAUGAGGCCGAUCGUUGAAAUGGAGAACUCUGGCGUGGUGUACAUGAUCAAGAACUCAAAGACCGAGGACCUGGCUUGCACAUACAAACUGUUUUCACGCUUGAAGGAGGAGGGUCUCAAGGUGAUAGCCGACACGAUGUCUGCAUAUUUGCGCGAACAGGGACGCAUGCUGGUCAAGGAGGAGGAAAAUGGCAACACAAAUCCCAUAACUUUUGUGCAAAACCUCCUGGAUCUCAAAGAUCGUUUCGAUCAGUUUCUGGUGCACUCAUUUAGCAACGAUCGCAUUUUCAAAAAGGUGAUCUCAUCUGAUUUCGAGCAUUUCCUUAACUUGAACAACAAGUCCCCCGAAUAUUUGUCGCUAUUCAUCGACGACAAACUGAAAAAGGGCGGCAAGGGAAUGAGCGAGCAGGAGAUCGAAUCCAUUUUGGACAAGACAAUGGUGCUGUUCCGAUUCCUCCUGGAGAAGGAUGUCUUCGAGCGCUAUUACAAGACACAUCUGGCCAAGCGAUUGCUGCUCAAUAAAUCAGUCUCAGAUGAUUUCGAAAAGAACAUGAUAUCCAAACUAAAGACUGAAUGCGGCUGUCAAUUUACCUCAAAGCUCGAGGGUAUGUUCAAGGAUAUGUCCGUCUCCAACACGAUAAUGGAUGAGUUCAAGAACUAUGUAAUUAACAAUAACUUGUCCUUGGUGGGUGUCGAGCUGACGGUACGCAUACUAACCACUGGAUUCUGGCCCACUCAGACAGCGACGCCCAACUGCAACAUACCUGUAGCGCCCCGCGAAGCCUUUGAGAUAUUCAAGAGCUUUUAUCUAAACAAGCACUCUGGACGCCAGCUUACGUUACAACCGCAAAUGGGAACCUCCUACAUCAAUGCCGUGUUCUAUGGCCGCAAAGCUGCCGACAGCGACAAGGACAAAGAUGCACCCAGCUCUAGUUCAACCGGGUGCACUGUGCCCACGACAACGCGCAAGCAUAUUCUGCAAGUGUCCACCUACCAGAUGUGUGUUUUGCUACUGUUCAACAAUCGCGAUGUCCUCACCUACGACGAUAUCCAACAAGAGACAGACAUACCCGGACGAGAGCUGGUGAGAGCUCUCCAAUCGCUGUCAAUGGGCAAGCCAGCGCAGCGUUUGCUUGUGCGAAAUUCCAAAACGAAAACGAAGGAAAUUGAGCCCUCAGAUGAGUUUUAUGUGAAUGAUGCCUUUGUAUCAAAGUUUCACAGAGUGAAGAUACAAACAGUGGCCGCCAAGGGCGAAUCAGAGCCAGAGCGCAAGGAGACGCGCGGCAAAGUGGACGAGGACCGGAAGCACGAAAUUGAAGCAGCCAUUGUACGCAUUAUGAAGGCGCGCAAGCGAAUGGCUCACAAUUUGCUCGUUUCGGAUGUGACGACGCAGCUGAAGUCACGGUUCUUGCCCUCGCCAGUGUUCAUCAAGAAGCGCAUUGAAGGUCUCAUCGAACGUGAAUACCUACAGCGAUCACCAGAGGACCGAAAGGUCUACAUUUACUUGGCUUAGGCCGGUACAGGCAGGAUCCAGAUCAUACUCAUCAUUAGAUUGCAACCAUUUCGGCCAACAGGAGAGCAAACAGGCAGGCACCCAAAUCACAGCUGUAAUACUAUUUUUGACCAAGGAUUACGUGACUUCCAGCCCCCACCCCCAUACCAACAGUUAUCUUUGAAACAUUUUGUAUGCCUGUGACAUUCAAAAUUGAACAGUUUACCAUUGCUUUUGAGGAUGGCAAGUCUCUCAGAAACCUAACUAUUAACCCUAAUAUAUUUCUUGAUAUUC